AGUAACGCAGUCAGAGAGACAACCUGUGAUCAGGUAUAGGACGCAGGUCUCAGCCACACACAUACACAGUGACAGGUCUCGCCCACUCUCAGUUCUUGGCAAGACAGCAGCGUGCAGGAUACACCCCACAGCUAUGAAAAAAAACUUGGCACAAAGGAGAUAAUAGUUCCGAGCAGUGCGACGAAGCAGAGUCUUAUCCCAGCUUUGGUGCUCGCUGUUGUCCCGGGUAACAGCUCGGAUGGUCCCAAUAUCAGAUUCCUGAGGCUCAGAUUGUGAGCUGACUAGAACUUGCAGAAAUUCCAUGUGCAGAUGACUCUGAGGAAACAGUAUGGAGACAGAAAUAUUUGUGUGCAUCCUGCUGUUUGUUUCAGGGUUUGUUGCUGAAGAACCGGACCUGAUCCACCAUGGAUGUACAGAUGGAGGAUGUUACCCAGCUACAGGAAAUCUCCUCAUUGGACGUUCCCAUAGCCUCAGUGCCACAUCCACCUGCGGGAUGGAGACCAGUCAGGACUACUGCAUCGUCAGUCACCUCUCGGAGUCAGAGAAAUGUUUUAUCUGUGACUCACGUGUCCCCUACGUAAAGGGAAGUCACAGAAUUCAAAAUGUCAUUGACCUGACCGCACCGGAUGGAGAAAAAACAUGGUGGCAGUCAGAGAAUGGUGUGGAGACAGUGAGUGUACGGCUGGAUCUAGAAGCGGAAUUCCAUUUUACUCAUCUUAUUAUGACGUUUAAGACGUUCCGGCCUGCUGCUAUGCUGAUAGAGCGGUCUGCAGAUUUUGGUCGCACCUGGAAGGUGUAUCGCUACUUCUCCUACAACUGCACCAAAAUGUUUCCCGGGGUUCCAGUCCAUGCUCUCCAGAACAUUGAUGACAUCAUUUGUGAUCAGCGAUAUUCAGAUAUCGAGCCUUCCACCGAAGGAGAGGUGAUUUUCAAAGUCCUUGACCCAGCUAUUAAAGUGGAAGAUCCCUACAGCUUGGAGAUUCAAGAACUUCUCCAAAUCACAAACCUGAGGAUCAACUUCACGAAGCUUCACACGCUCGGAGAUAACCUCUUGGAUCAGCGGCCUGAGGUCCUGCAGAAGUAUUAUUACUCCGUCUAUGAGCUGGUGGUGCGCGGCAGCUGUUUCUGCUACGGCCAUGCUUCCGAGUGCUCUCCGGUGGAGGGAAUAGAAGGAGGAGUUGAAGGAAUGAUACACGGACGAUGCGUGUGCAAGCACCACACGGUAGGCCUGAACUGUGAGCACUGCCGGGACUUUUACCACGACCAUCCGUGGCAGCCGGCCGAGCCCAACAACCCCCAUUCCUGCAAAGAAUGUAACUGUAACAACCACUCCAGAAAGUGCCACUUUGACAUGGCGGUGUUCCUCGCCACCGGCCGGGUGAGCGGGGGCGUGUGUGACGACUGCCAGCACAACACGAUGGGACGCAACUGCGAGCUGUGCCGCCCUUUCUACUACCUGAACCCCUGGUCAGAUAUCAGGGCGGAGGGGGCCUGUAUCCCCUGUGACUGCGACCCGGUCGGUUCUUUGGACGGUGGAGUCUGUGACAGCCACACCAACGUCAACCUGGGGAUGAUUGCUGGACAGUGUCGCUGCAAGGAGAACGUGAAGGGGGAACGCUGUGACAGCUGCAAGGAGAACUUCUACGGGCUCAGCCAAAAUGACCGCCUGGGUUGUCAGCCAUGCAGGUGUGACCCCCGGGGGAUCAUAGCCGGGAACACGCCGUGCGACCAGAUUAGCGGCGAUUGCUACUGUAAGCGCUUUGUGACAGGACGGUACUGUAACGAGUGCCUGCCAGAGUUUUGGGGUCUCAGUAAUGACAUCAUGGGGUGCCGCCCUUGUGACUGUGAUUUUGGAGGCGCCUAUAACAACAGGUGCUCCCUGGAAGACGGCCAGUGCGAGUGUCGCUCCAACAUCAUAAGUCGGCAAUGUGGGGACGUGCAGCCGGGCUACUUCUGUAUGCCCCUAGAUUUCUAUACGUAUGAAGCAGAGAACGCACGAGGCCUCUCCCCCACCGACCCACAAACGCCGGGCAAUGCCAAGCCUGAGGCAGGAACAGACUGUGUGGAAUACUACAACGCCAUCCAGAACGGGAAGAAAGCCAGGCUACGUCGCCAUCGGAGAACUAUCCGUGUUCUCCAGCAGAGGGCGCACCGCCGCCGAGCCCGCCAGCUGCAGCAAAAGCCGGACACUGAGGUAAUUCGACGCGAGCACUCGCCAGAUCACAUGAUCACCUGGACUGGGCCUGGCUUCGCCCGAGUCAGAGAUGGAGCUGGUCUGCUAUUUCACAUAGACAACAUCCCGUACCCCAUGGACUAUGACAUCAUGAUCCGAUAUGAGCCUGAGUCUGCUGAGGACUGGGAAGCCAUAGUCAGCGUGACAUCACAGAUAUUACCCAUGAGCCCGCGCUGCGGCAACGUGCUGCCCUUUGAGCAGAUGUACAGGGAAAAGCUGCCACACGCCGAGAGGUAUCUGGUCCUACCCAAGCCUUUCUGCUUUGAAACAAACAAUCAGUAUGAAAUCAGCAUCCGCUUCCAGCGCCUGGAAGCCACUAACCGCCAUCCGGGAGCCUUCAUCCUCAUCGACUCGCUGGUCCUGCUGCCAAAGUUCUCGGAGCUGCCUGGCUUCCAUGGCAACGACCCCGUCUCUGUGCAUCACCGAGAGGAAAUGGAAAACUACAGGUGUCUGGAGUCCUUCCAGAUGGCCACCAUGCCGAUGCUGGCAGAAAUGUGCAUUAAGCUGAUUUGCAGCAUCUCGGCCAUCAUCCACGACGGAGCUCUGCCUUGUCUCUGCAACCUGCAGGGAUCCCUCAGCGCAGUGUGUGAUAAAGUAGGAGGACAGUGUAUGUGCAAACCCAAUGUGAUUGGGCAGCGCUGUGACCAGUGUGCUCCCGGUACCUAUGGAUUUGGCCCAUAUGGAUGCAGCAAGUGUGACUGCCACCCUCAAGGUUCUACAUCCAGGUUCUGUAAUCCGGCAACGGGGCAGUGCCAGUGCCAAAGCAAUGUGGCUGGUAGACAAUGCGACCAGUGCUUGCCAGGUCAAUGGGGUUUCCCACACUGCAAGCCGUGCCAAUGCAACGGGCAUUCUGAAGAAUGUGACCCCAAGACCGGAGCCUGCCUCAGAUGCAGGGACUACACAAGCGGCCGGCACUGUGACAAGUGUCUGGACGGUUACUAUGGCGAUCCCAUUCUGGGUUCCGGCCAGCAGUGUCGCCCUUGUCCCUGUCCUGGGUAUCCUGGCACUGACAGCUACCAUGGCAGCUCUUGUUACGCUGACCGAGAGUCCAACCACAUCGUGUGUCUGUGUGCGCCGGGCUAUGGAGGAUCCCGGUGCGAUCGCUGCUCUCCUGGAUACUUUGGGAACCCGGACCAGGAUGGCGGAGAGUGCCGCCCUUGCCAGUGUAACAACAACAUUGACCCUAGCGACCCCGAGUCAUGUGACUCGCGCACCGGCAUGUGCCUGAAGUGCCUCUACAACACCGACGGGCACCACUGCGGAGAGUGCAAGGCCGGUUACUUUGGGAGCGCCGUGUUGCGCAACUGUCGCCGUUGUACGUGCAAUGAGUUAGGUACGCUGCAGUCCCACUGUACGAGAGACACCUGUUACUGUGACAGAGCGACCGGGCACUGCCCCUGCCGGGCAAACGUAGUCGGCAAGAACUGCGAUGAAUGCGCCGCCAACUUCUGGAACUUUGGGGCGGACUUAGGGUGCGAGCCGUGCGCUUGUGUCCCCUCCCAUUCCCUGAGGAAGGACUGCAAUGUGUACACAGGACAGUGUUACUGCCAGCCGGGCUUCGGCGGGAGGGUCUGCUCACAGUGCCAAGAAAAUUAUUGGGGUGACCCUCAGAGAAAGUGUGAAGCCUGUAACUGUGAUGUGUAUGGCUCUGAGAUACAGCAGUGUGAUCACCUGACCGGGAUGUGCCGCUGCCGGGAGGGUUUCACCGGGCGUGGCUGUGGCCAGUGUGCCCGAGGCUUCCAGGACAACUACCCCAGGUGUUCAGCCUGCCACCAGUGCUUCUAUCAGUGGGACGUCAUUAUCUCCCAGCUGCGGAACCAGCUUCAAGGGAUACAGAAGAGGGUGGCUGAUCUACAGGAUGGAGUGGAAGCUCCAGAGAUCAGCAACAGUCUCAUAAGAGAACUGGAAGACAAGCUGAGGAGCAUUAAGCAGCUCAUUGGAGAUGGAGGCAUUGAGGGCACCCGCAUGUUGGAGCAGAUGAACAAACUGGUAAACAAAAUAAGGACUGAGGUGGCGCAGCUCUCCUACCAGCUCCAUUCCCAGGAGAAGAAGAUGAACGACACUCUUGCCAAGGACAGGAAGCAGACGGACAGGCUGGGGAAACUGACCAUAGAGAUGAACCUGCUCAGUAGCACCGUGCAGUUACUCAGGACACAGAUAGAGGCCAUAGCAGCUUCAGGCUUCAAUGAGUCGUAUGGCAGCAUUGUGAGUUCUUACCUGGAAUCCAUAGACGCGGAGAGAAUAGCCAAUGGCUCUGUAUCUGGGCCUGAAAGCCCCAUCUUCCAUUCUAGAGAAACACGGUUGAAGACAGAGAAGCUUCUCAAGGACAAUCUGGACAGCUACCGAAGGAAUAUGACUGCUCAGAAGACCUCCCUGAGGGAGCUUCAGAAGAAGGCUAAGGAUCUUAAUGUCUUCAGAAUCAAUGAGAAGAUCUGUGGAGCCCCGGGAGACAAGCCCUGUGACCAGGCUGCGUGCGGUGGAGCCAACUGUAGGGAUGACCAAGGCCAGAGGAAGUGCGGUGGGGAAAACUGCAACGGAGCUGUCCCCAUCUCGACCAAGGCCCUUGUUUCUGCACAAAAUGUCAAAGUCGACUUGGACAACAUGGCCAACCAACUCAACGACAUCUCGCAGAAGAUUCAGGAGGUCCAGGGGAUCGCACAAGAAGUAAAAGUACAAAGUGGUGCCACGCUAAGCAAGGCCCAGGACGCCAAGCGUCGGAUAGAAGACUCCACAGAGAAACUCAGAGCGUUUAUUGGGAAAAUUAAAGAUUUCCUGACUGAGGAAGGAGCUGACCCGGAGAGCAUCGAGUUAGUGGCCAGGCAAGUGCUGAACAUCUCUCUUCCCGCCAGUCCCAGUGACAUUGCCAGACUCCUGGAGCAGAUGAAGGAGAGCAUCGGCAACCUCAGCGGGGUGGAUAUGAUCCUCAACACUACAUCUGAGGGCCUGGCUAGCGCCAGAGACCUUCUGGAACAAGCUGAGGAAGCCAAGAAUAAAGCUGACGGGGUGAGUGGGAACAUUGCAGAGGCCAAAGCACUGUUGGAUGAGGCCGGAGGUAAAGCAAGCUCGGCAGAGAAAGCACUAUCCAUUGCCAAGCAGAACCUCAACAGGCUGAAGAACAACGUGGAGAAGUCCAUGAACAAAAUGGCCGCUGUUGAGCAGAAGGAGAUGUCCAUCAUGAAUCGUUUGGGAAACUUGUCCAAGGCAGUGGAAGAUUUGGUGAAGAAAGUUGAUUCCAACAGGCAGUUGGCCAAUGACGCAAAUAAAAAGGCGAACCAGGCUGUUGCAACCACUGAUGGACUAGAUAAGGAGAUGGAUGAAGUUAAGAAGAAGUAUAAGGAGCUGAAGGAUAAGGUUGGGGGAGUGGACAGCUCAUCGGAAUCGGCCAUGCAAAAAGUGAAGAGGAUAAAAGAUGAAGCUCAGGACUUGCUAAAGAAAGCAACAGAUGCUAAAGAAAAGCUAGACAGUCUUGACGGCAAGUUCAAAGCGAAUGAAGAUGAAAUGAGGAUGAAGAUAAUGGAAUUGCUAGUCUUGGAGAAUAGAACUACAGAUCUGCUUCAAAUAAUCAGAGAAAAAGCAAAUAUAUAUUCGACUUGUUAGAACGAAUUUGUCUUUUCUGUGCCAUCAAAUCCCAGAAAUGUAAUAUCCUAAAUACUACACAAAGGCCAUGUUCACUAAAUGCUGCUUCCCUCAAAAUACCGUGCCCAGGACUUAAAAUAUAUUGAAUAAUUAGGAUUGACGAAUUGGCAAGGAGAGGUUCAACAUGAUCCCACCAAAUGGACCUGUCGUUCAUACAAACUCAAGUAGAGUUAUCAUUUACAAAUGGCGACAUUGAUAUGACGUCUCUGUAGAACAUUCAUGGAGAUUAUAUGGAUUUCAUUUUAUAGUUAAGUAUUCCGAAAGCCAAACUGUAGUAAUAGAUGCACAUUGCUGAGCCCAUAUCCCCGUUUCCCAAGGGAAAGGCGAUCAUCUUUUUUAAUGAUGGUCUGGAGAGACUUCUGUAUUCCCACUUGUCUGAGUCUCAUAUGCUUGGUAGGUACAAGGCUUUCCCUGCCGCCAAACAUAGAAUAUCUCACUAAUAAUGUGGUCAUCCCUUUAGACUGUCCACUAUGUUUUAUUAAUAAACGACGGCAUGGGUGUCUCCAUUCAUAUGUGUGACUAUAGGACUUUUAGUUUCCUAACCCCUACAGUAAGUCUCAGAAGGUCUAAACUACAGUUUAAUAAAUAAUGGAAUAUUCAUACAUACAUACAUACAUAAGAAAAUAAUGUAUCCAAAAGUAUUUUAUAACCGAAGCAGAAGAUCUGCUGUGUGUAUCCCAGGACAGGAUUAUUUUGUACAUAAAUAAAUUGCAAUGCCGUGACACUCCAGCCGCCGCUGAAAAACGUCAUCCUAUAACGUCUUCAGGAAACAGGGAGUUGUAUGGCAGCAAGGGAGAAGCUGCCGGGGCAUCUACUUGGGCCUUAAUCAUGAAUAAAUGACUUGUUGCAGCAUA